AUGAUCGCCAUCUUGUAUUCACCAUGGAGAUCCAACCCUUGUCGCGUCAUCUUGCUCAUCCGGUUCCAGAUCACGUGUUCGAUCCUCGCCAUUCUCUUCACACUGCUGCCGACUCUGGGACUGUCUCACGAGCAAACUGAAGGUCCGGACAUUGCCGUGGAGAUCAAUUCCAGCGGUUACUCCGCCAACUCAUCAAACGCCGAACAGAAUAUUCAAAUUAUAAACAUAACCCAGAGAAUUCUUCCCAACAAUGGAACGAAAGUUGCGGAUCAGACGAAGCCCGCAGAAACUGUUUACGUCCCGAGAGAGUUCGAUAGCGAGAUUCCCCGAGAAUAUCCAACAGCUCUCGUGAUAGCCAGCUCCGUGGCCGCUGUGAGUAUUCUGGUGUUUUUCUUCCUGGCGUACUGCUGGCACACUCACCAGCUGGACAGCCGGGCCAGAAAGCUGGCCAUCCGUUUGGCUGCCGAUGCCGAGCAAGGCAUGAGAAGGCGAAACUGUCCAGCCCAGUCCAGAGUCAGGGAGGGGAGGUCGGUGUCCCGGCCCGUGUCCGAGGCGUCGCCGGACAGGAAUCAUUAUGAGGCGUUGACGAUGGAGGACGACCCCGGUCACGGCAGCGACUGUGGGCGUAGCUCCAGGGGCGUGUCUGAGAGCGAUGCCGGUGACAGUGAAGAUCUGUUCAUGCCAUCCCAGCUCCAAGGACUCGGUGACAGG